AUGGCCACUUUACUGUGGCACUGUUGUUGCGCUUUCCUCCUCGCCAUCGCAAUAAUCAAAGAGAUGGCCACUCCAUCAGCAUCGACACUCGCGACGGGUGAGCGGUUUUAUAUAUAUCUGAGCUCCGAAAAAAACAAGAAAGACCCCUAUCUCGAAGUUGGCGAUGGCACCAACAGCGAGACUUUUAUCUCAAAGCUCCCUGACAAGACCAUCAUCCUCACGGGCCCGCCAGCUCCAACUGCAGCAACAGAGCUCCACGAUGAGGACAAGUGGGUAGAAUGGCUCAAGAAGAUCGAUGAUGCAGCCAAGUAUACCUUAACGAUCAUGCCACCGAAAGAGAAGGAGGGAAAAGAGAGCGGGAAAGGGGAGGAAGACAAUAAGAAAACGGAACUCAAACAAUUCGACUUUGCAUUCAACACGCCAACCAAACUGAAUUUCAGCUCCGAGAGCUCGGUGUUGAACAACACAUUUGGUGAUGCUGCCAAGAACAUCGAAGAGCCCGGCUUUCAUAAUCCAAGGCUGUACCUGGGAUUGAAGGCGUCAGACAAAACGGAGGUUCCGCUGGCCAAAGUCUGGACAUGGACCGGUAAAGCAGAGGAUUCGAUUCCCGAUAUCUUAAAGGGGCUGCAAGUGACACCGGAUUCCAAACUGGCACCGGGCCAUCGCAACGCGCUGUGGUUUAACCCCGAAGCAUCCUCGCGAGUGACAGUCCGGUUGGUGUUCAACCUCGGCGACUUGGGCACGUUGAACAGUCUUGGCCUCGGUGACUUGGACAUCAGUUUUACCCAAGCCGACCUCGUGUGUCGGAAGGUCGUGAGUGCUGGGGAAGCAGAGGGAAAGACGGUGCCCGUGACGCAUGGGAAGACAGCCAUCUCGAUUGACUGUAAUUUCGGUCAAUACUUGGAGCUGCAAGGCAUCAUGGAGUUCACGGAAGAUGCCAUCGGCAUGUCGCUUUUAGCCAAGUCCAAGGAUCCCAUCCCAGGAGCCUUAAGCUGGUUGACAGGCGUUCUUGGGUUAAAGGAAGGUGAACUAGGGCCACUCCCGAAACUGUUCAGUCAGGAUCCAUUCAAAGAUGUCAGGUUCCGACGUAUCAAUGUUGUAGUCGGCACCAAACCGAAGGUUAAGCUGGCAUCUUUCAAACUGGAUGUGCAGGUGUCAGCACCCAUUGGGCAGGAUCCUGCAUCGGGGAACAAGACGCUUUUCCUGCUCUCGUACACCUACAUCCCUUCCACCGGUGGACUGGGCACCAUUCAGGGCAAGCUUUGGGAAGACGAAAAUCCCACACUGGAUCCGACGUAUGAGACCUGGACCGACCUCGAGCCGAUCCCGGCGGGAACGCCGCUUCUCCCGCUACAAAUCAAGUAUCUGAUACCCGGCUAUACAAUCGAUAAUAUCCCCAAGACUAUUCCCGAUACCAUCGAGAGACUGUUCCUUACUCUCAACACGGAGGGAGUCUGGUUUGGAGCCAUGGUGAAAGCAAAAGCCGUUCCUCCCGGUAACGUGCCACAGCCAAAUCUGGGAGUAAUCGAGGUGAAUGCGUCAUUUAAAUGGGGCCUGUCGGACUUUAAGCUUGACCUCUACGCGGAAGCCUUUAUCGUGCCACCUGCUUCUUCCACGCAUAAAGACCCUGCGCUUUUAACAGGAAAAUUGACGUAUGAGCGCACCAAAGCCUCCAGCUAG